AAUUUUGUGAAAUUGAGAGUGGAGAGAGAGAGAGAGAGAGAGAGAGUGAGUGAGAGAAGAGAGAGAGAGAGAGAGAGUGGAAUCAAUCGAUUCCGGCAACUUCGGGGCUCGCCGGUCACAAGAUCGAUCUUCCAUUGGUCGAGCCAAAAACAAGCCCCCACUUCUAUGUUCAGCAAAAUUAUCGCUUUUUAGAGAGAGAGAGAGAGAGAGAGAGAGUGGAGAGAGAAAGAGAGGGAGAGAGAGACAGUGAGACGUUAUUCGAACGUUGGAUCGGAGUGCGAAAGGGCUUUAAACGACAUCGGAUUGUAAGAAACCGCGUGAAUUUUGGAGGGAUUAGGCGGUUGGAGAAAUCAAUUUUUCCAGUUUUGUGUGGGUUGUGUCAGAGUAAUUUUGUAUGCAAUCGGGAGGUGGGACCCAACAGGGACAUGGUGGCCGGAACACAGCAGCGAUGGGACCUUCUUCUUCUUCGGCAUCGCCGUCGUCUUCGUCGUCGGCCGUAUCGGCACCGCAUUUAGGGUUUGAUUCAAAACAACAGCAGCAGCAGCAGCAGCAACAACAGCAACAGCAUCAGCAACAACAGCAGAGACAGUCAUUGCAACAACAAUUGCUUAGAAAACCUGAAGGAAAUGAAGCCAUUCUAGCCUAUCAAGCUGGCGGUCUCCACGGAGUCUUGGGAGGGGGCAAUUUCGCAUCAUCUUCUGGUAUGAUGCAACUGCCUCAACAGUCCAGGAAGUUAAUUGAUUUGUCUCAACAACAUAGUGCUGCUCACAUUCGGGAUCCCGGCCAAAAUAGGAGUCAAGGCAUUGAGCAACAAAUGCUGAAUCCAAUGCAGCAGGCUUACCUCCAAUAUGCAUUCCAUGCCACCCAACAGAACCCGGGGAUCCAAUCUCAGCACCAAGCAAAAAUGGGGAUGAUGGGGCAUCUAUCGGGAAAGGAUCAGGAGACAAGGAUGGGUAAUCUGAAGAUGCAGGAGCUCAUGUCCAUACAAGCUGCUAAUCAGGCCCAGACAUCAUCAUCCAAGAAACCACCUGAACGUUUUGCUCAUGGUGAGAAGCAGACAGAGCAAGCACAGCAGGCAGUCUCCGAUCAAAGGAGUGAUCCAAAGCCUCCAACCCAGUCGACAUCUAUGGGCCAAUUAAUGCAGGGAAAUGUUGUAAGACCUAUGCAAGCACCACAGGCUCAGCAAAACAUCCAAAGCAUGGCAAAUAGCCAGCUUGCAGUGGCUGCACACAUGCAGGCUUUGGCACUUGAGCGGAAUAUUGAUUUGUCACUUCCUGCAAACGCCAACUUGAUGGCUCAGCUUAUUCCACUCAUGCAGUCUAGGAUGCUUGCACAGCAGAAGGCAAAUGAAAACAAUAUGGUUGCACAGUCUUCUUCACCUGUCUCGAUGCCAAAGCAGCGAGUUGGUUCUCCACAAGUUGCAACUGAGAGUUCUCCCCGUCAAAAUUCUUCGAGCGAUGUGUCUGGGCAGUCUGGCGCCACUAAAGCUAGGCAGACAGUUGCACCUGGCCAGUUUGGCACGACUCUGAAUGCUACGACAGCUAACAAUGCUAACAACAUUCCGGUGCAGCAGUUCUCUGCUCAUGGCAGAGAGAACCAGGUGCUUCCGAGACAAACAAUGAUGCUUGGUAAUGGAAUGCCUCCGAUUCAUCCCCCCCAGUCAUCUGUGAACUUGAACCAGGGUGUGGAUCAUUCACUCCACACAAAAAGCACGUUAACUGGUCCAGAAAAUUUGCAAAUGCAGUAUAACAAGCAAUUGAGCCGUUCUUCUCUACAAUCUGCAACUUCACCUAUUGAUGGGGGUCCGGGAAAUCCCUUUUCGUCUCGAGGUGGAGCGGUGGCCCAGAUGCAACAACCACGUACGGGGUUUACCAAACAGCAACUGCAUGUUCUUAAAGCACAAAUACUAGCAUUUAGGCGCCUGAAGAAAGGUGAUGGAACUCUUCCACAAGAACUACUUCGAGCUAUUGCUCCACCACCCCUUGAAACACAGCCGCAGCAGGUGGUUGUCCCUGCUGGAACAAGUAAUCAGGAUAGAUCUGCUGGAAAAAAUGCAGAAGAUCAUGCGAGACAAUUAGAGUCCAGUGAGAAGGAUCCGCAGGUUGUAGCAUCAUCUAGUGGACUGAAGAAUUCAAAAGAGGAAGCUUUUUCAGGAGAUGAGAAAGCAACUGCCUUGACAGUUCAUUCACAAGGUAUGACAAGUGUGACAAAAGAGCCCAUACCAGUGCUUCCUUCUGGAAAGGAAGAGCAGCAAGCUGCUAUAUUUCCUGUUAAAUCAGAACAGGAAGUUGAACGUAGUAAUGAGAAAACUCCGAUUAGAAGCGAUUUAACAAUGGAUAGGGGCAAGGCAGUUGCAUCACAGGUUGCUGUAUCUGAUUCAAUUCAAGCUAAAAAACCCAUACAGGCAAACAAUGUUCCGCAGCCAAAAGAUGUUGGCUCUACCAGGAAGUAUCAUGGACCACUAUUUGAUUUCCCCUUUUUCACUCGUAAACACGACUCAUUUGGGUCUAUGAUGACAAUGAACAACAAUAAUUUGACAUUGGCUUAUGAUGUCAAGGACCUGCUUCUUGAGGAAGGCAUGGAAGUGCUUACCAAGAAAAGGGCAGAAAAUUUAAGGAAAAUCAGUGGUUUACUAGCAGUGAACUUGGAGAGGAAAAGGAUUAGGCCGGAUCUUGUUUUGCGGCUGCAAAUUGAAGAGAGGAAACUUCGACUUUUGGAUCUUCAGGCGCGCUUGAGGGAUGAAGUUGAUCAACAGCAACAGGAGAUAAUGGCGAUGCCCGACAGGCCAUAUCGGAAGUUUGUUCGACUUUGUGAGCGUCAACGCAUGGAGCUCACUAGGCAAGUACAAGCCUCUCAGAAAGCAGUGAGAGAGAAACAACUGAAAUCCAUUUUUCAGUGGCGUAAGAAGCUUCUUGAGGCUCAUUGGGCCAUCCGUGAUGCACGAACUGCCCGUAACAGGGGAGUUGCAAAAUAUCAUGAGAAAAUGCUGAGGGAGUUCUCAAAAAGGAAGGAUGAUGAUCGGAAUCGAAGGAUGGAAGCAUUGAAGAAUAAUGAUGUUGAGAGGUAUAGAGAAAUGUUGCUGGAGCAGCAGACUAGCAUUCCAGGUGAUGCUGCUGAGAGAUAUGCCGUUCUCUCAUCAUUUUUAACGCAGACAGAAGAGUAUCUUCAUAAACUGGGAAGUAAAAUAACGGCUGCAAAGAAUCAGCAGGAGGUUGAGGAAGCAGCAAAUGCUGCUGCUGCUGCUGCACGAAUUCAGGGUCUCUCUGAAGAAGAAGUAAGAGCCGCAGCAGCUUGUGCUGGAGAGGAAGUAACGAUAAGAAACCGUUUCUCUGAAAUGAAUGCACCUAAGGAAAGUUCAUCUGUUAACAAGUAUUACAAUCUUGCACAUGCUGUCAGCGAAAGGGUUAUAAGGCAGCCUUCAAUGCUACGGGCUGGAACCUUGCGAGAUUAUCAACUUGUUGGAUUGCAGUGGAUGCUCUCUUUGUAUAACAACAAAUUAAAUGGAAUUUUGGCAGAUGAGAUGGGUCUUGGGAAGACUGUACAGGUGAUGGCCUUGAUUGCUUAUCUGAUGGAGUUCAAAGGAAACUAUGGCCCACAUCUUAUUAUUGUUCCAAAUGCUGUUUUGGUGAACUGGAAGAGUGAGUUACAUAAUUGGUUACCAUCUGCGUCCUGCAUUUUUUAUGUUGGUGUGAAGGAUCAACGGUCAAAGUUGUUUUCUCAAGAGGUUUGUGCCAUGAAAUUUAAUGUACUUGUGACAACUUACGAGUUCAUCAUGUACGACCGUUCAAAGCUUUCAAAAGUCGAUUGGAAAUAUAUUAUAAUUGAUGAAGCACAACGCAUGAAGGACAGGGAAUCAGUUCUAUCUCGAGAUCUUGAUAGAUAUCGUUGCCAGAGGCGCCUUCUUCUCACGGGGACCCCUCUUCAGAAUGAUCUCAAAGAACUCUGGUCACUUCUAAAUCUACUCCUUCCUGAAGUUUUUGAUAACCGCAAAGCAUUUCAUGAUUGGUUUUCGAAACCCUUUCAAAAAGAAGCUCCCACACAUAAUGCAGAAGAUGACUGGCUUGAGACUGAGAAGAAAGUUAUCAUUAUCCACCGGCUUCAUCAAAUUUUGGAGCCUUUUAUGCUCCGACGUCGUGUUGAAGAUGUGGAAGGCUCACUUCCACCCAAGGUUUCCAUUGUUUUAAGAUGUAGGAUGUCAGCUAUUCAGGGUGCCAUUUAUGAUUGGAUUAAAUAUACCGGUACUAUUCGAGUGGAUCCAGAAGAUGAGAAGCGCAAGGUUCAAAAAAGUUCUAUUUACCAGGCUAAAACAUAUAAACCUCUGAAUAAUAGAUGCAUGGAGCUCCGGAAAACUUGCAAUCAUCCCUUGCUUAAUUACCCUUAUUUUAAUGAUUUGUCCAAGGAUUUUCUUGUUAGAUCGUGUGGGAAAUUGUGGGUUCUGGAUAGGAUUCUCAUAAAGCUUCAGAGAACAGGACACAGAGUAUUGCUCUUUAGUACAAUGACAAAACUUCUUGACUUGUUGGAGGAAUAUCUGCAGUGGCGGCGACUUGUGUACAGAAGAAUUGAUGGAACAACUAGCUUAGAAGACCGUGAAUCGGCUAUUGUGGAAUUUAAUAGCCCCGACACUGACUGCUUUAUCUUCUUGCUUAGCAUUCGUGCUGCUGGACGGGGUUUAAAUCUUCAGACUGCUGACACUGUCAUCAUAUAUGAUCCUGAUCCGAACCCAAAAAAUGAGGAACAAGCAGUUGCUAGAGCCCACCGCAUCGGACAGAAAAGAGAAGUGAAAGUUAUCUAUAUGGAAGCAGUGGUUGAUAAAAUCUCAAGCCAUCAGAAAGAGGAUGAAUUUAAAAGUGGUGGGGUAGUUGAUUCAGAGGAUGAUCUUGCGGGUAAGGAUCGAUAUAUGGGAUCUAUUGAGAGCCUCAUACGGAAGAACAUCCAACAGUAUAAGAUUGAUAUGGCUGAUGAGGUUAUUAAUGCUGGACGUUUUGACCAGAGGACAACACAUGAAGAGAGGCGUUUGACCCUAGAGACAUUGUUGCAUGACGAGGAAAGAUAUCAAGAAACAGUCCAUGAUGUCCCCUCACUGCAACAGGUAAAUCGCAUGAUUGCUAGAAGUGAAGAAGAAGUAGAGCUCUUUGAUCAAAUGGAUGAAGAACUUGACUGGACAGAGGAGAUGAUGAAGUAUGACCAGGUGCCUAAAUGGCUUCGAGCCGGUACAAGAGAAGUAAAUGCUACUAUUGCUAAUCUAUCAAAAAAGCCAUCAAAGAACACCUUGCUAGGUGGCAGUAUUGGUGUUGAAUCAGGUGAAAUGGCUUCUGAUUUAACUGAGAAAAAGAGGGGACGACCUAAGGGGAAAAAAUUCCCUAUUUACACGGAGGUGGAUGACGAAAAUGGGGAGUUCUCUGAAGCUAGUUCUGAAGAGAGGAAUGGGUAUUCAGCCCAGGAAGAAGAGGGAGAGAUUAAUGAGUUUGAAGAGGAAGAAUUUAUUGGCGCUGUUGAGGCACUUCCAGCAAGUAAAGAUCAGUCAGAAGAAGAUGGUCCAGUUGGUGCUGUUGGGUAUGAGUAUGCCAGGGCUGCUGAAAGCACUAGACAAAAUCAUACUGUUGAAGAAGCUGGUUCAUCAGGAUCAUCCGCAGACGGUCAAAGAUUGACACAGAGGGUGGCCUCGCCUUCUAUAUCGUCUCAGAAGUUUGGGUCACUUUCGGCAUUAGAUGCCAGGCCAAGUUCUCUUUCGAAAAGACUGACUGAUGAAUUAGAGGAAGGUGAAAUAGCUAUGUCUGGAGAUUCUCAUGUGGACCUCCAGCAGUCAGGAAGUUGGAUUCAAGAUCGUGAAGAAGGAGAAGAUGAACAGGUUUUGCAACCCAAAAUAAAACGAAAACGUAGUAUUCGGCUUCGGCCACGUUAUACUGCAGAAAGGUCAGAAGAGAAGUACCCCAAUGAAAAGCCAUCUCUCCAUCGUGGAGACUUAUCUCAGUUGCCAUUCCAAGUGGGCCAUAAAUAUGAACCACAGUUGAGGAAUGACUCUGAACCCAAAAAGCUUGCAGAGUCCAAUGCCUUAAAGCAUGAUCAAAGUGAUUCAUCCUCGAAAAGUAGGCAAAAUUUACCGUCAAGGAGAAUUGCAAAUACAUCAAAGGUACAUGCUUCUUUGAAAUCUGGCAGAUUGAAUUCUGCACCUGCUCCCUUGGAAGAUGCCGCCGAACACUCUAGGGAAAAUUGGGAUGGUAAAGUUUUGAACACUAGUGGAACUUCAAUUGGUGUCAGCAAGAUGUCUGAUGUCAUUCAAAGAAGGUGCAAGAAUGUAAUUAGCAAGCUCCGGAGGAGAAUAGAUAAGGAAGGUCCUCAAAUUGUUCCUCUGCUUACAGAUUUGUGGAAGAGGAUUGAAAAUUCUGGUCACCUGAGUGGAGCUGCAAAUAGUCUUUUGGAUUUGCGAAAGAUUGAUCAGCGUGUUGAGAGGUUUGAGUAUAAUGGAGUGAUCGAGCUUGUGUUUGAUGUGCAGUUUAUGUUGAAGAGUGCAAUGCAGUAUUUUGGAUUCUCGCAUGAGGUGAGAUCUGAAGCAAGGAAGGUGCACGAUCUGUUUUUUGAUAUCUUAAAGAUUGCAUUCCCGGACACGGAUUUUCGAGAAGCUAGAAAUGCCCUCUCUUUCUCUGGCCCAGUAGCUACCUCUACCUCUGCUCCUCCUUCAAGACAGGCAGUUGCAGGCCAAAGCAAGCGUCACAAAAUGAUAAACGAGGUGGAGCCUGAUGCAACUCCUCCCCAGAAGCCACCGUCUCGAGGGCCCAUUUCCAGCGGUGAAGCCCGUUCGAGGAUUGGAAGCAGCAGCAGCACGAGGGAGCAGGGUCAGCAGGAUGAUCCUCGAUUGUUAACUCAUCCGGGGGAGCUUGUUAUCUGCAAAAAGAAGAGAAAAGACCGGGAAAAGUCAGCGGUGAAGCCCGGGAACGGACCAGGUGGGCCCGUAUCACCCCCUACCAUUGGCCGUAGCACUAGAAGUCCGGGUCCCGGUUCAAUCCCAAAGGAGACAAGAUUGAGUCAACAGUCUACCCAUCAACAAGGGUGGGCUAACCCACCUCCUCAACCGGUGAACAGUGGUAGUGGGAUGGUGGGUUGGGCAAAACCCGUAAAGCGAUUGAGAACAGACGCCGGGAAAAGGCGCCCGAGCCAUUUAUGACUGAGUGAAGGUAUGUGCAAAUGAUAUGUAACGUUGAAAUUUGCUGCAACUACUUUGAGGUGCCGAGUUUUUAACCGGGCCUCUUAGGGCAUGUAGAAGUGCAUUGAGCUCAUAUAUCCUUGUUAAUAUAGUGUAAGCCUCUCUCCUUUGCUCUCUUGUAUUUUAGUGCUAAAUUUGACUGUGAUAGUAGUUUAUAGGUGUGCCAGGUGAGCGCCACUUCGGCUGAGAUAUCGAGCCUUCUAGGGCGCUCAAGCUCAGUUGAGACCAGUUGCUCUGUAAAAACUCUUGCGUUCUUGUUGGAAAUUUUUGAAUUUUCAGCUCAAGAUUGGCAUAUGUUGUAAGGCGGUUGUUACAAAGAAUAUAUUGCUACAAACUCGUGUUUCUCAUAAGGGAUAUGUAUUUAUUCACAAAAAAUUUAAUGUAAAUUAGUAGCAUUGUAACAAUACUGUAUUACUUAUCCAUGCCAAUGCCGUUUCAUACCAUGCCA